AUGUAUCGCUUCAUAAUAAUCACUCUCUUUCUUUCACCACUCUUCCUUCUCACCUUUUCUUCAUAUUUUCCUUACAUAUUUUCAAUAAAUUCUCAACACCCUAUCUUCCGUCGCAUUUCAUCCCCCUCUGUCCUUAGUCCAAUUUCUACUUCACCACCGCCUGCUUUCUUCAAAUCGAUUAAUCAUCCACAACAACCAUCAAAUUUAGAUCCAGAAUUUCGAAAAUUAGGUACAACAAUUCCUACCAACAAGUUUUAUACAAAUCUGUUGGUGGGCAACGCACAAUUCCCUGUUUGGCCGUUGCCAUAUGCACUGAGAUUCGAGAGCGGAGUCAAUAAUGGAUUAUUCGGAUUCAGCAUUUCAAAUGUCGACGAGGAAAAUAAGGUAUUCGGACCGGCUGCAAGUUACUUUUACUCAGCAUACACUCCUAGUAUAACAAUCUCCUCUAAAGAGCUUCGAAAUUCCACGAAACUUCUUCUUUCUAAUCCCGAUGAAUUUUCCAUUACGGCAAAGCUUGUGUCAAAUUAUUCCACAAAUCCUACUCAACCACAAAUUACUUUACCAAUUGUUAGAGGAAUGGCUUUUGUUACAGCUCAAUACAGGAAGAUGAGUCCUGUAUUUGAGUCCAGUGUUGUAUUUAAUGUACUCAGUUCCCCAAUUAAAUUGAAUCACGGAGUUAUUAAAUAUAGAGUCACAUUAGCUGAUGGAAGUAAUUGGUUGAUUUAUGCGAUUAAUGAUGAUGGAAUCAGUAUUCUCCGGUUGUCAAAGACGAAAUCGAAUAGAAUUGAGUCGACAUCCGGUUUAUUCAGUGGUAUUAUUCAGAUCGCAAAAGUGCCAAAAGGAAAUUUAGCAGGCGAAAGUGUUUACGACAAGUGUGCGGGAACCUUUGCCACUACGGCUCUAUUGGACGUCCAAAAUUAUGGAAAUGUAGGGUCCUACACCCUCUCCUGGAUAACCACCACCAAGACCUCGGCACCUCUUCUUCACUAUGCACUUCCUCAUCACAUCACUUCGUUCCAAACCUCUUUUCUCCAGGAGACCUCUCUCACGCUAACGUCUCCUUCAACGGGUCAAAUGAAAGCAUAUAUCGGUUCAACCUGGUCACUUGUCGAGUCCAGUCUCAACCAAAUUUCAUUCUUGCCACCAAACUUUGCUUCAAAAUUAACCCCUUCUCGGAUUAAUACCAUCAAAGCCCAAGCAAUUAAAGAUGUUUCGUUGGAUUUCAAGGCAUUGUCAAAUUUGGAUACUACAUAUUUUAGUGGAAAAGCAAUGGCAAAAUUUGGACUAGUAUGUUUGGUGGUGAACGAUGUGUUAAAGAACAAAACUCUUGGAAAUACCUGUCUGUCAAAGUUACAGACCGCCAUGAAAGCAUUUAUUUCGAAUACUCAACAAUAUCCACUCCGGUAUGAUAAUACAUGGAAAGGGAUAGUCUCUUCGGCUGCUUUCGUGACUAAAAAUAUUCAAGCUGAUUUCGGUGCUUCAUAUUAUAACGAUCAUCAUUUUCACUAUGGCUAUUUCGUUUACACCGCGGCCAUAAUCCGCCAUUUAAAUGAAUCAUGGGGCGUCGCUAACGCUGCAUGGGUGAAUUCCUUGAUUCGCGAUGUGUCCAAUCCAUCAAAAAACGAUCGCUAUUUUCCCACAUUCCGCAGUUUCGAUUGGUUUGCCGGUCACAGUUGGGCAAGUGGGAUCUUUGCCUCCCAAGAUGGCAAUAACGAGGAAUCCACUAGUGAGGAUUAUAAUUUCUUUUAUGCAACGAAAUUAUGGGCUCAGACCUCUUCGAAAACUGUCGAAAUGAGUAAUUUGGGAAAAUUGAUGGAUGUCAUACUAGCGGUUGAGUCAAGGGCGGUAAAAGCAUAUUUCUUGUUAGAGGACGAAAAUACCGUGCAACCGAAAGCAUUCUUGCCGAACAAAGUUUCCGGAAUAUUAUGGGAAGACAAACUUGAUCACACCACUUUCUUCUCGCAACAGAUUGAGGCCAUCCAGGGAAUUCAAAUGAUUCCGAUAACGCCAAUUGUUCCAUAUUUCAGAACCAAGAGAUUUGUAAGUAGAUUAUCUCCAGAAAUUACUGAAGAAUGGACAAGGCUUCUUUCACCCAUACUUCCUUUUAUCAAUAAUAGUUGGAAAUCACUGCUUUAUACAAACCAUGCGAUUGUUGAUCCAAACACAGCCUAUAAUUUUUUUGCGAGCAACUCGAGUGUACAAUUAGAUGAUGGCUUAAGCAGGACUUGGGCUCUAUUUUGGUGUGCCGUUCAAUGA